CACCUACUGAAAUAAAAACAAAACCGUAUAAUAGUGCGACCAAAAAAAUCAAUAAUAUUGAUUCGGCCUUAGUUUUGUUGUGAGGUUGCUGUUGCUGUUGGUGUCGUAAUUCAUACUUAUAUAUGGGCGAAUGUUUGCCCGAUAAAGGUCUGUGGCUGUAUGGUUAUAACUUACCGCUGCUUCCACGAAGGUAAAAAAUAUUUUUAAUUCAACUUUUUCACUAAUUAAUAAUUAUAAGCAAUAAUUAGAAAACGAGCACAUUUUCUGUCCGUUCGCACAUAGGAAGGUAAUUUAAAAUAUUUUUCUAUACCUAUGUAUAAUACAUAGGUAAAUUACAUUUAUUUAAAACAUUAGCUCAAACAAUAAUUAACAAUAAUAAUAACAUUGUUAUGUUAUUAAUACUAUAUAAUUACUAAACAAUUAUAAUAGUAACAUAUUUUAAGUUUUUUUUAUUAUUAUUAUUAUUGUUCAUGUCAAAAUCUAAAUUGUUGCUUUGAUGCUAAAUGUAUAAUUAAUAUUAGUUAUUAUCAAUAUCUCCGUAAUAUAAUAGUAGAAAAAAUUAAUCUAAUAUUUUAAUGAGAUCACUGAACCAACAAAAAUUUAGAGCUGGAAGGGUGUGGCCUAGUUUAAAUGUUCACAAAAUUCCAUGAACUAGUUCAUGCAAAAUUUUAAUGAUUUAAUUCAAUAGCCCUGACAUUACACAAUAAUUAUCAGACAUAUACAUUUCAAUUAUAAUCAGUAAAAUAGUUGUCCUAUAACCGUGAUUCAAACCUUAUAAGAGCUUAGAUAAUUGCAAACUGUACAUUAUAUUUAAACUUUUGAGUAGGUUUUUUUUUAAAAAACAAUUUUUUAAAUAAACUAAUUUAAAAUUACUAAAUAUAAAAACAUAAAGAAAAGCAACAAAAGAGCUGAUACUGAGAACCGGUGUAUAACUUACUACUUUACAGCUUAUGUUUCCUACCAGAAAUCACCAAAGAAAUCUUUUAUUUUUUAUUUUGUCGGUGAGCAAGAAUGUAGUUGUUUUAUUAUCUUUGUAGUUUUUUAAUAAUUGGGCAAAACCGAAAUAUACGUAGAAAGAACGGGAAAAUUAAUGAAAAUAAAUAUUUUAUUAGAUUUUUUUUAUUAAUAUAAUUAAAUUUAAAGCAUUCAUAAAAUCAAGAAAUUUUGAUAAAAAACUUAUAUUUGCCUUUUUUAGACGUGAUCAAAUUAUCAAAACAUUUGAGCCAUUUUUGACUUACUUAUAGACAUUUAUUUUUUCGAGUUUUUUACGUAAUUUUUAUUUGGUAAGUUAGGUUAAUAAUUUUGUAUUAUUAUUUUUUACUAUUUUAUUUAUUUAUUUUAUUCAUUCAUGUUUAUUUAUUUUAUGUAACCGAAUAAUAUUAGUUAAUAUUAAUUUUAAUUUUAGUGUACUCUGUGGAUAUAAAAUUAUUGGACUAUACAGAUAUGCUUGAAAAUUUGACAGGAACCAGGAGGUUCAUUAAAAAUCGUAUAUAAUGGACAAACAAACUUGAGUAUAAUGUAGUAUUUUGUUUUUUAUAAGAGUUAAAAUCAAAUUUUGACGAAAAUCGUAAAUGUUAAAACUUUUCAAAACAUGUAUAAUCAAACUUUUCUCCAAAUUGUUUUUCAUUAUCAAUGGUUUAUCGUUGGUUACAGGUAUAAAUGAAAUAACAUUUCGUAUUCCACCUUCCCCACUAUCCACCUACAACAGAACCUAACCUAACCCGUCCCCAGUAUCAGAUCUUUUUUUAUUUGUGAAUAUUUUAACUUUCAGAACACUACCCUUGUCACUGAAUAGAUAUUUCAUUUUCUAAAUGAAGUUGAGUUCUUUAAUUUCCAUCAUAUGCUGUUUUACACCAAAUAAUAUUGAUUUUUAAAUAAAACGGUUUUUUGACACAUGUUUUAAAUAUAAAAAUGCUCACGCUGACAUCCUUCUAAUAUGCACAAAUCAUUAAAAAUAAUAUAUUUUAUUUUUACACAUUCGAUUACAAAACUAUAGUGAAAUUAAAUAUUUAACUACAAUUAAGAAAAAUUACGGUAAUGAACAAUACACAGGUAAUGUUUCUAAAUUGCAAUGACUUGAAAUUGGUUUAAAAAUAAUAAUUAUUUUACAGAUAUUUUGAUUAUAAAUACAUACAUUUGGCUUAUUUCAGACAUGGACCCAGCUCCAAGUUGAAAUUGAUGGAACGCUACGAGCGUCUAGGUAAAUUGGGUGAAGGGAGUUAUGGAAUGGUGUUCAAAUGUAGAAAUCGAGAAAAUGGUCAAAUAGUAGCUAUAAAAAAAUUUGUCGAGUCUGAGGACGAUCCACUAAUUAGAAAAAUCGCUCUUCGUGAAAUACGUAUGCUAAAGGUAAGUUAUAUUUUCAAAUAAGUUUAAAAAAAGUCAAAUAAGUAUUUUUAAGUUAUUAACAUGUUUUCGAUUACAUUAGAAAUGUCAGCUAUAGUAAUUAUUAAUAACGAUUAUGUUUUAGAAGUAUCUAAUUUAUUUAUUUAUUAAAUAAUACGGGAUAAACUGAGAAAAAGAGGAGACCAGAGGCAUGCCCAGAAUCCAAAUGUAGGACUGGUCCGGUUAUAAGUACACGUUAUUUCUUUUUUUGGAAACAUUUUAUAACCUUCUUAAAAUUUAAUUAGAAAAAAUGAUCAUAUAAUAUAAUACAACACAAUUCCUUCUGUUUUACUUGUUUAUAAUAUUUAAAGAUAUUAAUAAGCAAAAUUAAGUUUUCAAUUAAGUUUUAACUGAAUAAUAUAUUAAUACAAAUGAAACAAUAGUUUUGUUUUAAUAAUAAGUACAUAAAAUAUAAUUAUUUGGUGAACCAAAGUUUUCUAUUUUUUCAAUUUAGCAAACUCUUCAACAAUCUUUGUAGGAUCCUCGAUUAACUCGAAACUGAAUUCCCUCUUAAUUAAAAUUAAUGCUAAAUUAUGAAGGCGUACAGUUGACACAGAUGUCCGUAAAUAAGUUUUUAUCCUUUUCAUUGUAGAAAAACUUCUUUCAGCUGAUGCCAGUAAGCUACUUCAAUGUGUUUAAGGGAGGAAAGAGUAGAAGACAAGGAAAAGCCAAGAUUAAGAACAGAGAGUUCGGAAAAUCGCUAAGUUAUUAAUGCAAUAAAUGCCUACAUUUAAUAGGGAUAUGAAUAUUGAAUACGGGAAAAAUGCAUGACCGAGCAUUUGGACAUGUUUUGAUAGAGGCUAAGGGAAUUACCUCACGUAAACAUCCGAUUUAAACCUGACUGUAAGAGAUGACAGUCGGAUAGGGAAAAAACACAAAACUACAGUCUUGUUUUUCACUUUCAUAUCAUCGACGAAAAUAAGAACAAAACAUGUUUAAUUACAGACUAGGUAGGUUAUAUAAAGAUACAGAAAAGAAGAGGAGAGAGCAUAGCGUCUCGAGGUACUCCAGAGAAAGUGGAAAACGAGACAUUUGAAGAUCUUUAAAUAAUAUUUAUAAUGGAUAAUUCAUAACUUUACACUAUAAAUUUAAUUAAGCUGUAAUUUAUAAAUAUUUUAGACGUUAAAACAUCCAAAUUUGGUGAAUUUGCUCGAAGUGUUUCGGCGCAAACGAAAACUUCAUUUGGUAUUCGAGUUCUGUGAGCACACAGUACUCCACGAGCUCGAAAGACAUCCAUAUGGCUGCCCAGAAAUAUUUACCAAGCAGAUUAUUUGGCAAACAUUACAGGCCGUCGCGUACUGUCAUCGUCAUAACUGUAUACACAGAGACAUAAAACCGGAAAAUAUAUUACUCACUUCCCAAGGAGUGGUGAAACUUUGUGAUUUCGGAUUCGCUAGAUUAAUGAGUUAGAUCGCAAUUUAAAUUUUAAAAAUAGCUAAAAUUAAUUUCGAAUAAAUCAUUGUUUCUUAAUUUAUCACUUAUAUAAAAAAAAAUUAAUUAAUAUAAUAUUAACUUCACAGAUCCGGGUGAAAAUUAUACCGAUUACGUUGCAACUAGAUGGUACAGAUCUCCGGAAUUAUUAGUGGGCGACACGCUAUAUGGCCCAUCGGUAGAUGUCUGGGCAAUCGGUAAGUAAAUUCAUUUUUGAUAUUUUAUUUAAAGAUAAAAAAAACGAUAAGUUCUAAAUAAAUGAUUACAUUAUUAUUCGGUCAAAAUAUAAUUUUAAAAGUAAAUUUAAAAGCUAACGAUGUUUUAACAAAAAUCGAAUGUUUAAUAUGAUUUAAACACAUUUUUGAAUAUAUUCAACAGUUAAAGUGAACAUAAUAAAUAUUCAAAAAGAAAAAAUUGUUUUUUUCUAAUUAAGUAUACUUUAAGAUUUUGAGAUACGCACACAAUUUAAACAUAUUUUAACAAUAAUAAAUUUAAAUUGUAUAAUAUGAAUAAGCAUUAAAUAUUUAGAUUUAUCAAUUUCACGGUGAUAUUAUUGCGUGCAGUUGAUUAUUUUUAAUUUUAUAUCGAUAACGUUUGUAAAUUUAGGAAUACAAUUUAGGGUUAUUUUGAUUUCAAAUCGUACUUCAAAUACCUAGUAAAACUAUCCAAUAUAAUAUGAAGGUGUUUUAUGUAAUUUAUAUUUUUGACCUACACAUUUUUUUUAGUUGCCUAAACACUUAUUUAAAUAUUAUUUUAAACAUGUUUAGGAUGCGUUGGUGCCGAACUCGUGAGAGGGGAAGCUCUUUGGCCGGGAAAAUCCGACGUUGAUCAAUUGUAUUUAAUUCGAUCUACAUUAGGUAAAAUUUUAAAAUAGUAUAUACUAGUCCAUAAUAGUUUUAAUUUAGUCGAAAGUCGUAUCAAAUUAAUAGCACAAUAUUUAAUUAUAAAUGUUAAAAAAGAGCUAAUAUUAGUGUAGACGGGUCGUGUUACUGGUUUUUGGUGAUAAUUUGAGAAGGUAAACUACAAAACAUUAUUUAAUUUAUAUCUGUAUACGCAACCUUGAAUCCUAGCUAACGAAAUACGAUUCUGAGCAGUGGCGGUUAUAGGAUCGUGAAAUUUUACGUUUUCCUACGUUUUUUCCCACUUAAGUGCCUUAAAAAAUAACCUCUCUAAAAUACCAUCUAGACAACUUAAGCUUUCAGAAAAUUUGCUACACAUAAAAAUCGGAGCAAGUUUACUAGGAAAAAACGUUUCCACAGACUAGAAUAAAGAAAAGGAAAAAAAAAAGAAAUAAACAGCAUUGUAAAACCAAUAGCUGUGAAGUUGAAAACAUUAUAACCAGUAUAGCCUUAAUCAAGAUACCAAUUAUGAGCAGCAAUGGUUGAUUUAAGCAAAAACAUAUUUUAACCCGCGAGGGAGAUUUAUUCCCCCCCCCCCCCCCCNCCCCCGUAGACCCGCCACUGAUUCUGAGCGAAGUUCCGUUAAACUUAUUUUAAAAUACCGUAAUAUUUACAAAUUUUUUCAGAAUUUUAACUUAAUAAACUGUAUAAAAAAAAAACUACUAUAUUACACUCGACUUUUUUUUUUACCACUGAGUACAAUUUAUGAUGAAAAUCUCGUUUUAAGUUUUCAAAAGUUUAACUGGAUUAAACAAUCAUAAUCACAUAAAUCAAAAAAUAGUUCACGACAUGCCGUACUGAAUUUAUCUUGAUGAAUUUUUUCACUUAAAAAAAAAAGAAAACUGAUUUAGAAAAUAUUACAAUUUGUACCCAUAGUUUUUCCUGCAAAUAAAUAAUGAAAUAACGACAUAGUACAAUGUUGAGAUGCCUACGUAAAUUGAAUUCAUUAUGCAUAUUUAUUUCCAACGUUUUACUCCUUAUAAAAUAAGCUGUAUGGCAACUCGAAUCUAUAGAUAUAUAAAUAAAUAAUUUCUGAAUAUGGAGAUCGACUUAUUUUUAAUUUAAUACAUUGUACUUUGUAUUCUACUUUUGAUUUAAAGAAGGAGAAAAAAAGAAAGAAUUAUUUUCAGAAUAUACUUUUAUGUUUCUCUUAGCAUAAAAUCAUUUAAUUAUCUGUAUUUUAGGUGAUUUAAUUGCGAGACACAUGCACAUUUUUAAAAUGAAUGAAUUUUUUCGAGGUAUAAGUUUACCACAACCCGAAAUCGUUGAACCUUUGGACAAGAAACUUCCUAAACAAGCGUUAACGAUUCCACAUUUACUGGACUUUUUAAAGGUAUUAUACAUAAUAAUUUAAAAAUUAAUCGACAUUUUUUUUUAAGUUGGCAUAAAAUAUAAUAUAUUAAUAUGUACGUAAUUCAAUGAGUACAUAUAUAAUAUAUUAAUAUAUCCAUCCUAACAAUCCUAACCUAAAUAUAUAUAUAUAUAUUUUAAAUUAUAGAUGUGUUUAGAAAAAGAUCCAUUAAGACGGUGGACGUGCGAUCAACUUUUACGACACCCGCUUUUCGAUAAUUUCUCAUUUAAAUAUCCAGAAGGCGACUUGACCGAGUUUGAAAAACUUAAAACAUUCCGAGAAAAAUCUAAGGUAUCUGAAUUAACAAAGCCUAUUAUUUAAUUCGAUAUUUUUAAUAAAAUAAUCAGUAAUGGGACAGUAUUAUUAGGUAUAAUUAAAUUAUAGACUAUAGUUUACAUUUUGUACCUACCUAAUACUACUACAUUAUUUUUUGUACCUACUAUGUUUAAUGUAUACCAAAUAAUAAUGUAAGUACGAAAGUAUUAAAAUUGAUUGCAAAUAUAUAAUUUGUUAAACGUAUAAUAUUUAAAAUGAUAAUCACAAGUAAUGGUUCAAUAUUCCAUAAAGAGUUUUGCAAUCAGUCUUUUUUAAAAAUAUUUAGGCAACUGCCCAUUGUGCCAUCAUUUAUGUAGGUAUUACUAUAGUAAAUAAAAUGUUCGUUAAAAAAUUGUGUUGUACAAAAAUGUAUCUAUAGAACUAAUAUAUUGGCCUAUUUUUAAGCCAUCCUAACUUAUUUAUUAGUUUUUUUUUUUUCAAUUUCAAAUUGCAAUUUAAAAUAACCUACGAGUGCUCAUAUGGAACACCCCAAAAACUACAAUGAUGAUUAAGUUAUUAUUAUUUUUAUUUUUUUUUGCUUUUUUUAAGAAGUACCUAUACCUAAAAAAAAGUGUUACUAGAAAAUCGGUAGUAGGUCACAUCCCUGUCACCGUUUCCCCGUCCGAUUAUUAUCCUUGUCGGACGUAUCCCCGUCCAAUUAACCUCAAACUUAAGGCCAUAAUAAAUAAUUGACUUAGAAAUAAAAAAGUAAAUACAACUUUAAAAAAUAAAAUUAUAAUAAAAUAUUUAAUACACAAGACCGCAUAAGAUUAUCAGCGGACAAAUAUAUUAUUAUAAGAACAAUGGUUGUCAAAAGACUGUUAAUAACUAAAGCCCUCCGCACACGAGGCGAUUCACACGCGACGCGAUUUUUGCCACUUGCGAUAUCCUAGCAAAGUGAAUGGGGAUCCACUAACGACGCAAUUCGAUAACGACGCGAUCGCGACGCGACUGUGACGCGAGCGACGGACGACACGUGCGACCGGCAGUGCUGAUCGCUUGGCAGUCGCGUCGCACGGAUCGCGCGUAAUUAUAUUUUUAUUUUCGUUAUAUUAUAUUAUUUAUUUAUACAUAAUUUUAACUAUGGAGACAUUCAAUAUUAAAUUUGUUGAUGAAAUUUAAAAACAUCCAAAACUCUAUAAUUUUUCUAAAACUUCCUUCGAAGAUUCUUUUCUUGCUUUUUUCCACAAACCAACUUUUUGUACAAAUAGUACGUAUCAAUCGCUUCUUCGUCACUGGACGAACUUGACAUUUUUAAAAAAGGUAACCAAAGAACUGCGCAAACGUCAGUAAACGACUGAUGAUAACCGAAUAACACAUAAACAACGAUAAUAAUAAUCGCACGACAAUCGCAUCGUGUGCGUCUCCGUAAUUGCACAGAUCGCUCGUAUCGCAUAAAUCGCGCAAGAAUCGUGUCGCGUUGCAAUCGCCUCGUGUGCGGAGGGCCUAACUACCAUUACACUAGUAUGUACCUACUCCACUGCUUUUAUCUAAAUUAUUUCGGUAUUGUUAUAGAUAAUAUGUUUUCGCAUAGGCUAAAUACAGCUAAACCGGCCGCGACUCACUCAAUGAUAUCAAUAGAUAAUAAAUACUUUUAUUAAAGACAAAUUAACUAACCUUGUAAUAAUUAUAUCUAUAUUAUACAAUUCGUUAGAAUUCAUUUAUUUAUUGUUUAUGGGUUUGUUUGAGGUUAAUUGGACGGGGAAACAUCCGACGGGGAUGUGACCAUAAAUCAUAAAAUCGGUUUCCAAUAAUGUACAAAUAUCAAAAUAAUAAUACCAAAUAUAAUGUAAUACAAAAAAGGUUUCCUAAGAUAAUGGGGACGCGUGCAGCCACUGUUUUGGGUGGAAAGUUGGGAAGGUAGGAUACAAAAAGAAAUUUAAUGUAUAUCUCUAUGCAACGAUAAACUAUUGCUAACAAAAAAACGAUCCUGAGCGAAGUUCAGCUGAUAGUGAUGCUUUGUCAUCAAUUUGUUUAAUAUUGUACCGAUUUUCCCGUUUUUCCCAUUUGCUGGGAAAACGCUUAGCAAAAUCGAAAAAUUACUUCCCUGUAGUAUCUCCCCACACCGAUUUCUUUUCAGAAAAUGUGCUACAGUUAAAAAUCGGAUUAAGAUUUCUGGUAGAAAAGUUGUCCACAGAUAAAAAAAAUAAUAAUAAUAAAUAUCUUUGUAAAACCAUAAGCUUUUUCGCUCCACUCAGAAUCUAAAAUAUCCAGGUAGAUACUAAUCAUUUUAUAAUAAAAUAUUAUUACACGCCGAUUUUCCACAGAAUGGACAUUACGUGAACAUUGCAUCGACACUGUUUCCACAAAUUUCGAGUAACAAUCAAAGCCCUGAGUUAACACGACCAUUAAAAGUCGCGCAAAAACAUUUCGAUCAUUUACCGGACAUCUGACCGAAAAAAUGACUUUUACCAAGUCGACAAAAGUUGCUAUUAUGAAUAAUCGUAAUCGUACUCUACAACGGUUAUCUAUACAGUGUAGAUAACCAUAGUACUCAAUAAUUAAUUUUCUUAUUUUUGCAUUAUUACUAACGGCAAUUCACUUGUUUACCUACUACUACUACUUGUACCUGCUAUGUUGUGAAAAUUAAUACAUUAUAUAUUAUUAUAAUAUUAAUAUGUUCAAUAUGUUUAAGUUUAUUCCGUGUUUUUAUGUUAAUACUUGUAUUAUUAUAUUAUAUAAUUACUAACAUGAUUGUUUUAUAUUUUAGUGC